GUGGGAGUGAGUAGAAAGAACGACAACUUGAAAACACACUGAAACUGUAAACAACAACGUGUAAUAAUACCAUACGUUACUCGCAUGAAAAUACACAGAAGAUCCUGUUCAUUUUCGCUUGUUUUCGAUGUUAUUUAAAUAUAGAAUCUAUAGAGUUGUGUGAAAUAUCGUUGGAAUUAACGAAAAGUUGUGGAAAAGGACCCCAGCUGAAAAUAUAUUAUUGAAAUUUGUGGCCGAGUCUUUUACACUUCCUGGAUAAAGACAGAAUAAUGACAACAAGUGCUCGUGCUUUGCGAACUUUAGUCGUGCAAGUGACACGAAAGUACAGCAGUACAGCGGACAAAGUUCAUUACAAGGUUGUGGUAGCUGGAGGCGGCGCAGGUGGUUGUGCUGUAGCUGCACGUGUAUCCCGUGCACUUGGUCCAGGAAAUGUGGCUGUGAUAGAACCAGCAAAGUAUCAUUACUACCAGCCCCUGUGGACUCUGGUUGGUGCGGGAAUCAAGACAGUGGCACAGACAGCGAGACCAAUGAAAGAUGUCUUACCCAAAAAGUGUGACCAUCAUACAGAGGCAGUUGCAGAGUUUGAUCCCGAAAAUAAUUCUGUUACACUUGGUAAUGGAAAGAAGUUAAGCUAUGAUUACCUAGUUGUUGCCCUUGGUAUACAGAUUGAUUUAAACAAGGUUGAAGGAUUGAUUGAUGCAUUGGACAAUGACCCGUUGGUUGGCAGUAUUUAUUUACCUGAUACAGCAGAGAAAACAUUUAGUGCUUUGCAGAAGUUCAAGGGGGGUGAUGCAGUUUUUACAUUCCCAAACACACCAAUUAAGUGUGCCGGAGCACCACAAAAGAUCAUGUACUUGGCUGAUGAGUUCUGGAGAAAGCAAGGUGUGAGGGACAAGGCAGAAAUCAACUAUUUCACGUCGCUUGGGAAAAUGUUUGGUGUUGAAAAAUAUGCUGCCAGCUUGCGAGAGAUUGUCAAGAGGAAGAACAUAAAAGUGAAUUUUAGAACUAGUUUGAAAGCUGUGGACCACAUAAAAAAGACAGUGACCAUUGAACUACUAGAUAGUGAGUCUGGGGAGGUGCAAACACAUGAUUAUGAUUUUCUGCAUGUAGCUCCACCAAUGUCGGCUCCUGAUCCACUGAAAAAUGCCCCACCUACCUUUGUAGAUAGUGCUGGAUUUCUAGAUGUUAACCAGCUAACAAUGCAACAUAAAACCUACCCGAAUGUGUUUGGACUUGGAGACGGUUCUAAUAUUCCCACUGCUAAAACUGCUGCUGCUGUCGGUGCCCAAAAUAAAAUUCUUUUCAACAGCCUACAGCAAGUUAUGAAAGGAGUUACUCCAAAUGGGCAGUAUGAUGGUUACACAGCAUGUCCUCUUGUCGUUAGCUACCAUACAUGUAUUAUGGCCGAGUUUGACUUUAGUUGUGAGCCACUGGAAACAUUUCCGGUUAACCAAGCUAAGGCAAGACGGUCAAUGUACUACAUGAAGAAAAAUGUGUUCCCUGAAAUUUACUGGAAUCUUCUCCUCAAGGGACACUGGAGUGGAAACAAGGUUUUCAGAAAAGCUUUGCAUCUGGGAAUGUCAAAAUAGAUGCUUUACAUGGUGAAGCAUAUGAAAUAUCAUCUGUAAAUAGUGCUGUUGUCUUGUAUUUUCAAGACACGCUUUAUUUGUAAUUAUAAUUAUGAUUUUAAUUGUGUUGGAAAGGUUGAAUGUUAAUGUAACUGACUUCUGAAAGCUGGUCCAACUUUAUCAUUUACAAUAAUUGUUCAGUUAACAUCAUUCAGAGUAUUACUGGACAAGUUAAUUAAUCAAAAUGGUUUUAUCUGUACUUUUAUCUUCAGAUAAUCCCCUGACAUGAGAGAUAACAACCCCUUUCAGGCAUAAUAUUUGGAUAUGCUUGUGAAAAGCCAUAGAAUGUAAUAACAACUUAUCUAUUAUUUUCAGAAAUAGUAAGCAUAUGAUCAUAUGAUUUUUCAAUUGAAAGCAGAGUCUAGAUAUUGUCUUUUGAAACAGGAUUAAUUUUAACAAUUAUAUUGUCUGAUAAUAUCUGACCAGCAUUAUAGGGGCACACCUGAUUCUUGCCAUUUCUUUUAAAUCAUAAAAAGUAAUAGUGAUUGAAAAAGGAAAAGUAAAAUCAAAGUGAUGCAGUGGGUUGAAGACAGUGAUUAUCAAUAAAAACCCCAUUUACCUCAAAGUUGAAAGUAGCUGAUGGGACCAGAUUUUAGUGUUUUGUUACUUAACUAUUAUAAGUAUAGUAGUGCUUUUAAGCUUGUUUAUUAAUAAAUUUGACUGGAUGAAUUUGGUGUUAAGGUAUUGUUACUGAUUUGAAGCUAGUAAGAAUGCUGUGAAAUCAAUUAAUUUCAUUGGCAUUAGAUUUUGUGGUCAAGGGGAAUUGAGAUUGUGGAUUUUUAAGUUUAAUGGUAAAGUAAAUAUGAAUUUUCAUUGUUGGUUAUGACUUAAUUUUUAUGAUUGACACAGUCACAAAGCCCAUGAUGAUUAGUCCUCCUUUCACAUUAGUAUAGACAAUCAGUCAUUAGUUUUGCUUAAGUCAUCAAAACCAGAUUAAGAAUACUAAAGGCAAUAACUUAUAUGCAUUCUCACUGUAAUAGGAAAGGAGGGAUGCAGAAAUUGUGUGUCUGAUUUUUAUAAGUGCAAAGUUGUCUUGUCUCGAAGGAAAGAAACACAAAUUUUGAUAUCAAAAACAGGAAAGAUUGACCUUAUGUGUAUAGUAUGCUGUAUUUUGACAAUCCAAUGUGAAUGCAUCAAUUAGAGAUGGCAAUGGUUUUAUACAAGCUCACCUGAACAUUGGUCUCUAAAUUCUAUAUGGUGAAACCAUGUGAAUUUUGACCAUACUUCCGUUAUGGUGUUUUAUUGGCUCUCCUAAACUUUGUUGGAGAGAGCUAUUGUAUAUUAAUAUAGUUGGAUGGUCUAACAACGUGUGGCUGUAUUUUUUGAAACAUUUCCUUGUGAAAUAUAGGUCAGAAUUACACGGACUGCUAGAGCUAAAAACUGAUAAACCUUGAAAGUUUCUUCUCAUGAACCAUUUGAUGAACUUUCACUAACCUUCUGUAGCAUCCUUGUAUGUAUCCGACACAAUUUUGUUCAAGUGAUUCUGCUAGGCCCCUUCUGUAGGGACCACCUAAGCUAAAAAAUGGGAAAACCUUUGACACACUUUUUCUCACCAACUAUUUUAUGGAUCAUUACAAAACUUUCAACUGCCUGACUGAUUGCUCCAAAUUUGGCCUGUAGCAUUCUUGUAUGGAUCUCUGAAAAGUUUGUUCAAAUGGUUUGAUUUAGCCACUUAGGGGUGCCAGAGCUAAAAAUAGAAAUAAAACUUUAAACAACUGCUUCUUCAUGGACUGCCAUCAGGUUUGGCGUGUAGAAUCCUUGUAUAGAACUGUCUCAGUUUUGUUCAAAUAUUUCUGCUUGGAUUCUUUUAGGGGCCUUCAGAACUAAAAAUAGAAAAAAAACUUUAACAUAUUCUUUUCCCAAAACUGGUUCAUAGAUUGUCAUUAAACUUGGUCUCUAACAUCCUUGUCUGGAACUCUGUCAAGUUUGUUAAAAGGUUCCACUUAGCCCCUUUUUUUAGGGGCCACCAAAUACAAAAAACUUCUUCCCAUUACCUACUUGAUUGUCACCUAGAUUGGCCUGUAGCAUCGUUGCAAGGACCUCCCUGAAUUUUGUUCAAAUAGUUCUGCUUGGGCUCUUUUAAGGUCUGCCAGAGCUAAGAAUAGAAAAAAAACAGCCUGUUACAAUAAACUGCUUGAUGGACCUUCACGAAUCUUGAUUUAUAGCGACCAUGGUUGUACCAUCUCUUUAAGUUUAUAAUGGUUAUGCAUUUUGGGGAUGUCACAGCAGAAAAUAGAAAAACAAAACUUUAUAUAACUUUUUAAACUGCUUAAAGGAUUUCACCAAACUUGGCCAGAAGCAAGGUUCUCCCUAGGUGAGCGAUAUCUUGUCUGGGAACUUUAUUUUUCAUUUUACUAUACAGUAGGUCAUAUUAUUGUAUAAGCAUUUUAACAGCCACGUCUCUAAUAAUAAUUUCUUAGUGUGUUCAUAUUAAACAGUUCUAGUCCUGGUUAUAUUUUUCUGGUGUAAAUGUUAUUAUGAUUGUGUGAUAUAAUGAUGAUUCAAGCACUGUAUUUUGUAUUAUUAUCUAUUUUUACAGUAUUUGAACAGCUCAAAGAGCUGUAUAAUAAUAAAUAUACAAUUGAAACUAGGUUUCAGACUCGCUUAUCUAAAAAUUCUAUCUGUUUUGAAGAAUUUUCAAGUCCAGUCGAAAUUUCUUCAUAUUGUGUUAAAUUUCACUCUGUUUAAGUAAAGUUCAACUUAAUUCAACUUUGGUUAUGUUGAUGUUUGCAUAUUUUGAGGUCCCGUAGGCCUAUGUGUCAAAUUUCUAUGUAUAAUUGUCUUGGUAUGUUGAAGUAAAUAUGUGUUCUUUACAUAAACCCAUGAUGUUGCAUUGCCAGUUUAAAAAUAUUUAAAGGCAGCGUGACAAAAAUGUGAUUCAUAUAUGUACUCUGAAAAUCUGUAUAAAAUACAUACUGUUAUGUGAUGUUAACAUAAGGGGUUAUGUCAACAUUUUUCUUGAAAAGCAUGCAUAACAAGUAUGAUUUAGUCAUCUCAAAGUAAAAUGUUUGUUCUCAUGGAAUUUGAGAUAACAACCUUCAGCUGUAUUGUGUAUUUCUCUUUAAAUUGUGUUCUUUCAAGCCUAAGUCAUACAUUAUGAAGGUGUUCCCAUAUUGACGAUAUUGCUUUUUUUUAUCAUAAAAAUGAAAUCCACACUUGUCUUCAUAUGUCAAAAUACUAAGUUACUGUAAUCAGUCUAUAAAACAAAAUUAUAAUAUAGUUUUCAGAAUUUAUCCACCAUGACUGGUAAUUUACUAUUCUCUCAUUUAUUUUCUCAUUUUUAUGUCACAGAAAGGUGAAGUCUGUUUCAGUCAUGCUACACAACAAAAAUGAAUUAACAUUGGCUGUAUUUAGAUAUAGUGAUAAAUAUGCUAAAGAUGCAUGCUUUAAAACUGAACAGUCAGCUUGAUAAAAUAUUUUUAUAACAUUUAAAUGUAAUCACACAUUUUUUCAUAUCCUAUACUUAUUUUGUGUUUACUGUGGCUAUUCUAGUUUACUGUAAAUUUGUAUGUAUAAAUUUAGAGGAGAAUCCCAGUAUUAUGCUGUGGAAGUUGUCUUAAAAGAUGAAACACUGGAUAAAUUAGAAUCUUGAUUUAAGGCUUUCCAAGAAAGAUCAUUAAUGUAAUAAUAUAAGUUAUAAUGUCGCUUAUUAAAGUGUUCACAUAUAUUUAACCCUUAGCCUGCUGGCGGCGAUUGGUUUUGCAACCAGUGCAGACCAAGAUCAGCCUGCACAUCCGUGCAGGCUGAUCAUGGUCUGCACUGUUCGCUAUUCAGUUAGUAAAUUUUAAGUGAUCACCCCUUUGAAUAAUAAAUGGUAUUGCCCAAACUGAAUGAUGGAAAAGUCCAUUUUAGAAAUUUAGCAGGCUAAGGGUUAAACAGGUUAUUUUUCAUUUCUUAAUUAGGAUUAUACUUGUUAACUAAAGACUGUCAUGACAUUGCAAAGCAUGACAAUGCAUGUGUACAGUAUAACAAAGCAUAUGUGCAGUAUAACAAAGCAUAUGUGCAGUAUGACAAAGCAUAUGUACAGUAGUACAAAAAGCAGAAAUAAAAUGAAGUGAAACAAAAUUACUGGUAACACCAACCACAGUGCAGUGCGGAAGACUGUCUGCAGUAAUUAAGUAUUAGAAUGCUUUGAUAUUAUUAGAGAAAUGAACUUUGUCAAAUACUAGAUGUCCAAGGACGUCGACAAACCAGGACAGUACAGAAUUAAUCUUCAGAGUUGCCAAACUUCCUGCUUUCUAACAAAUAACACUGGUAACUUCCUAAUUGUACAAGAUGAUUUCUUAUUACAUGAACAUUAAAAUUAACAUUUUGACACUUGCUACCUACCUAUGUACACAUGGCUAACUCAUUGUAAACAGCCAAUUUGAGCUAUGUGUUAAUAGUGUUUUCAAAACUUAACUAAAAUAGUCUAAAUGAAACUGUAUUAUCAGCUUAAGUACAUUUUUUUACAUUUGUUGUUUAACCUUAAGAAGGCAAACUUUCAUAAGUCCUGCAGUAAAAAUUUAUAUAAUUAAAUUUAUGCUUUUGUAUGUACACUUUUAUUGCAUACAUUUGUUUAUGCAUGUUUUAUUAAAACUGGACAGAUC